UUUGUUGAGGUUAACAGGAUUACACGAGGCUAUUAGACAUGAUCUAGCAGAGCAGCAGUCACUUCUGCUGAGCUGGCACACGUGAAGUUUGAGGUUGUCAUGGAAACUACCACUGCUGAUGCUUUAAGUCGGUGCUGCCGCCCCCUCUCCCUCUAUUCCCGCCUAUAUCAUCUGCUUGGAAGAGUGGACAGUAAAAGGCAGAUGAUCUGAUACGCUUCUAGCUUUCACUUCUGUCUUGACUCUGUUGGUUUUGUUUUCCCCCCAUCUCGCUCUUGUUUUUGCAGUACCGGUACUUUCCUCCGAGGCUGAGGGCAGCACUGGGGGAGCGGUGGACGUCUUCUGACAUCAUAUCCCAGCAUCCAGUCGCUGCUCGGAUGGGAGCGGAGAAGGCGACACGGGGACGCACAUAUUCAGAUGAACUGGAUCAUGAGGCUCUGAAGCACACGCCCACAGCAGCAGCAUCACUCUGCUGCGCUACAUAGAGACCAGCACACACUCCCAUCUCUCACUCCGUGCGCCUCGUCCUGCCGCACACACACACACACACACACACAGACACACACACACACAGACACGUGCUGCAGGGAAGAUCCGAGUGUUGGGUCGCUGAGCAUUCAGACCCUCGCUCCCUCCCCUUCUCUUGUCUUCUCCCUCUCACUCUCUCACUCCCUCUCCCCGCUCACCUUGUCGGUUCCGGCCGGUUUAUUGUUGCGUCAGAGCUGAGGACAGCCAGCGAGAAGCAUGCCGGGGGAGAGCACUCACAGAUCUGUCCCUGCUGACAAGCAUCCAGAGCAGGGAGCAGAGGAGGCAGGGCUCCCUGGACCAGACAUGACCAGACACCCAUCUACCGACUCCACCCCUAGUGACAGUGGAUCCUCUCCUAGUGACAGUGGCUCCAGUCCUUCUCCCAGUACGCCUCAGAAGCUACUCCCAGCAUGCACCUCUCCUUUUGGACCAAGGAUUUUCCAUGCAACUCCCAGCUCCUCUGGUGCGACGAGACCUCAACCUGAAGGCUCUGACCAUCGCACCACCAACAAAAUGCCCAGACUGUCUGGGAAGCUCGGGGGUCACGGGCCAUGUGGUCGCUAUGUCCCCGUUAAGAUGGAGAGAAUUAAGGUCCUGACUGCGUCUGAGGUGGUGAGUGACUACCAGGAGCCCCAAACCAUUGACACAAGGGUGGUGAUGGGUCAAGAAACACUGCUCAAAACAGCGAAGAUCCAGGCAGGGAAGCUCCUGCUGAAGCCGAGCUGUAAAUCUAUGCCAGCUAACCCGAGCUUUUCAGAUCCUCAGGCACAUGUGAAAGAGACCCAGGCGGAUUCAAGCAAAGAGGAAAGACAAGUGCAAAACUCUCAAGAACAGCAGGGCACACACAACGAGUGUGUACAGCCCCCAGUCACACCCACCGCUCCACAGAACCCCCUGCUUACUGCAUCCUCCUCCCCAGAGCCAGUCAAAGCUGAUAAGAGUUUGAUGGACAACAAAGAAGAGGGCCACACACUUACGCAAGAUGAAGUGCCUUCCCUUCCCUUUUCUGAGCUGGCCUGUCCAGUGACUCUGUCCUUCUCUGAGCCGGCCUGUGCUGUGGAUCCGCUACGAGUGGGUGUGCCCUCGUCCCUUGACCCCGACUUAUACUAUACUGCCCCCUCCACUCCAAUCAAGAUGGUUUCCCGCUCUUCACACCUUAAACAUCAUUCGUAUCCUGGCUCUCCAUCCUGUCCCCUAUCCCCCGGUUCUCCCUCAGACAGUGAGGACCUCUGUUCCCCUCUCACGUCUCCAUCCGGCUCUUAUAUAACAGCAGAGGGAGGCAGCUGGGCCUCCUCUUAUACAUCUUCCACCUCCCCCUCCACAUCCCCCAACCUGCUCCUCACAGAAGAAGCCCAGGAGGCCCCUGCUUGCUUCGUGGGAUCCUUGUCAGAAAUCGGAGAUGAGGUCGGAGAGGAAAAGGGAAGAACAGGUCCAGAAAGAGAGGAGGAAAGGGCAGGCGACUUCUGCACAUACCAUCCUGGGGAUUUUUCUAUGAACACACAAACGGGUGUCACAGGGACAGUGAUCCUUGAGGAGGAAGAAUCCCCAAAAGUGGAUGACGUCAAGGUUUCCAGAGAGAGCUGUCGUCCAUGUUGGGUGACUGAGGAUACGUCUCCUCUAAGGAGCAGUAGUAGCAGCGACUCACAGGAGGACGGGGGAGAAUCUGAGAGUUCGCUCUGUCCCCUGGAAGAGACCAGUGUGAGGAGAGCGGAGUACUCUAGAGCCAUGCACACAGGGCUGAAACUGCAGCUAGGGGCCUGCAUAUCAGAGGAGCAUUACAGAAGGAUGGAUGAGCAGCCAGAACCGCCCUCCGCAGCUCUGACUCCUGACAACGAAAGCAUGACCAUGGCUUCAUCCAGCCUCAGCCCUGACUCACCUCUCACCCCCCUGGACGCCUUCUGCCCGGGGGCCUUCGACAGGCUUGGCUUCAGCUCCUUCAUGUUCUCUCAGGCAGCCUGUGCUGAUGAUGUACCGGAGGAGGAGCGAAUGAUCCCGGCCUCACUCAUCUCCUUCCCCCUCCACACUAGCCUCAUCUUUAAGGCUGAUUCAAUGGAAAUUACCCUGUUCCCCACAGAGGAGGAAAGCGAAAUAGGGGAAGUUAAUGACAGACAUGAAGGGAAAGAUGUUGAUGCCUAUGCAGCGGGGGAGGAGGAGGCUGAUGUAGAAGAUGAUGACGAGGAUGAUGAGGACGACGAUGAUGAUGAUGAUGAUGAUGACGAAGAUGAGGACGACUAUGAAUUUGAUGAUGAUGUUGACGGCAACACGAAUGGUGCCGCCCAUGCGGAUGGUGAGACCAAUGAUGACAGUGAGGGUCAUGAUGAGGCUGGCGAAGAAGCUAAAGUAGAGGUGAAAGUGGUAGAGGAGGAAGAGGACAAGGAGCGUGACAGUAAAGUGGUGGAGGAUCCUACAGACGAGGACAGCUCUGCAUCCUUCCUUCAUUCACUUUCAGAGACGUCUAUUAAUGAGGGCUUGGAUGAGUCCUUUUGUUUCCAAGACGACACAGAUGAUUCGUUAGACUCCGCCUCCUAUAACGGGGAGGAAGACGAACGUCUAUACAGCACCGAGAGACACGCACAGUCCCUAGAACCCACCUCAGCGGACUCGCUGGAUCUGAAUGACGACCAGUCAGAACCCAAGCAAUGUUCCAGCAGUGAAACGACUCAAAUGGAAGCUUUGCACACACAAAGUAGCACAAACAAACUAGUGGAGGCCCCCCAAACCAUCUGUUUCUCCAAAGACAUUGCUGCCCACGUUGUCGAACCUCCUGAAUCGGAAGCUUCAGAUGGCUUCGAUCAGACCAAAACUUUAGACAAACCCUUAGAUUGCCAGAAGGCGUCCUGUGCUUUAGAAGCAGAGUCCAGCAACGUCAAUGACACUGGAGCUGAAAGUGACAUGAUGGCUAUUUCUAAUGUUUUUAACCCUUUUCAACAACCUCAAGAGGUUUGUCUUUAUUUCAGGCCCUCAGCGCCUGUUGAUGUUCCCUCAGACAGUGUUGCUGAGGUCCAAAUGUCUCCACCCUCUGCCACCGAAACAACAUGCCAGAAAAGUUUAAUUUCUCCUGAAGAAUUGUCAAAGGAACAGUCCAAAACAAAUGAUUUGAAACCAAGUGCUGCUUAUUUAGAGGAUGCACCAGAAAGAGACUCUUUUCAGCUGCUGAUCAAGCCUAGUCAUUAUCAGCUGGAAAGUCACAUAACUGUUGGAGCAACUAGACGCAUAUUAACAAAGUCCUUUUCCAAUAAGCCUGAUGGAGGUACAGAGACCAUCCGUGGUUCCGGUACCAAGAGGGAGCAUGACGCUGAGACUGACCAGAAGAAUGAAAAUCCCCCUCCUGAGUCCACAAAUACAGAGAAUAGAGGCACUGACCCUGGUCCUUCUCUGAAUCUGCCUGCUGCCACCAACGAUUUGAAUAAAGGUGUUCUUCCUCUGUCUGGUCCGAAAGACUCUAGUCCCAAUCCCAGUAAUAUCCCUGUUUCUGUCUCUCCAGAGGUCAUCUCGGAACUUGCUGACAACCUGGCCCUGACACCUGAGCACUGUACCAGGGACUCAGCCCUGGAGAACCUGAGGGAAAACACCCUGACUGCAGACGAGGGGGUUCUGGGGGCUGUCGGCUCUCCACAGUCUCCCUUCGCUAUUUCCCCCAAAAGGGAGAACUCAGAAACAGACACGAGCAGGGAGAUUGGUCCUGGAAUCGGAGCAUGGUGCGGCGACACCAUGGGCCUUGGUCUGGGAUUAGGGUCCCGGCGUGAGUUUGGUGUUUGGGCAGCAGGAGAAUCCCUUUCCCUGACUUUGGAAAAGGGUUAUGAGUUAGAGGCAGAGAGUCUCCUCAUGUGUGACACAGAAGGCCAGAGCACUCAGACUGCCAUGGUUCCUCACACAAGCAGUGAAGUGCACUUUGACAGUGUUGUGGGUUCUGCUCUUGAUGAGGAAGACAACAACAGUCUGUGUGGAAACAGGGACCAGAUGGUGGAGGAAAUACUGGGAGGGGAGGGAACUCUGGAGUCCAACUUGGACCAUUGGAGGUCCAUCGAGGAGAUCUCAGAAGCAGGGGGAGGUGAGGAUGGAAGCUCCAGGUUCCCAGAGGAUGAUGUCAGUAAUCUGAACCCAGACAAUGAUAAAGACAACACAAACACACAAAUACAAGACACUUGGAAGAACUGUAAAGCUAACAUCGACUCUGCCUUUGAUUCCCUGGAAGUAUCCAUGUGUGGAAGCCUGAAUGCUCUGUCAGAGGAAAUGAGAUCGCAGAGUGUUAGUGUCAGUGUUCGAGAAUCGAUGUCUAAUAUUCCGCUUGAAGAGCCAACGCACAGCUCUGUAAAGCAGACAUCAGACAGAACCCGGUCCCACUCCUCAAAGGAAGGUAUCUGUAGCAUCUCGCUUCCAUUAGCUGGAGUUGACACAGCUGCAACAAACAAGCCUGUCAUUUUAGCAGAUAACGCUGCAUCAAAAUGUCAAACCAGUCCAGAGUGUGAGACAAUCGAUCCCCAGAGCAGUACAGCGUUUUCUUUGCUACACGGAUCCUUUGGUUCCUUUUCCCCUAAAGGUAAAUCUAAGCAAUCCAAAACAAGCAGAACUUAUCAAGUUAAACCACUUGGUUCCCCAUCAGAACCAAACUCAAAGUCUCAGACGAAGGAUGAAAAAACGGGGGAAGUGAAUCCUGUUACUGACAGACUUGUUGAUGAACCAAAGACUAAUGAGGCCUUUAAAGGACAGACGCUUCUUGUUUGUAACUCAGGUGAAGAAGAUGAGGGCGAAAAAGUGAAACAGGAAACUAAUGAGGGACAAGAAGUAGAAGCCAGAAAGAACGAAAGGGAAAGAAAACAGAAAAGCCCAGAGCACUUUAUGAGUCACGGCCCGAAGGAGGAGCCUCGCACAGAUAAGCCAAAUGCUGCCAAGAAAGGGAGGAGAGGGAGGAGAAACAAACACAGGGCGUCCCAGGCGGGCGGUCGCUCUGACUCCAGCCCUGAAUGUUCUGAGGAUCCAAAGAAACCACAUCAAGGAGACGCGACGGAGCGUUCGGUCAGAAGAACGGCCCACAAAGCCUCAUCGCUGGACCGCUCGCACACCACGUCCGGAUCCGCGUCUUGUUCAGAGACGCAGCGGGACAACAGUCCUGGUCCUGGCGUCACCGCGCUCCCCCCCGACAAUCUCAACGCGGCGGCGGCGAUGACCCGAGAGGUGCUUGACAACAGACCUCUGCCCGACAGUCAGCGAGGGCUCACAGUGGACAUCAAUGACAACAACAUAGACGCCGUGGCCGCGGUCAACCUGAAUGUGGGGUCGUGCUCAUUUCCUGCCUCCUCCUCCCCCCCUUUACCUCGUGCCUCAGUCAAAGCAGACACCGACCUGUCGACGCCGGUGCAGGAGUCCCAACCUCUCUUCUCAGCCCAGCAACAACAGUCGGCGCUGUUUAUGUGUCACACCAACCCCUCCCCCAGAACACAACGAGCCCCAGAGUCUCAGUUCCUCUCCACCAGAAACCUUCAAGAAUCCCCCGUCGCCCUUUCGACAUCAGCUUCCUCUGCUACAAGAGUGUCUUUGCCCUCUUUCUCCAGUGCCAUGCCGUUAGGCUUGUCUCAGCCUACCCAAGAAUCAUCUGCCCCCGAGUCGGGACCUCUGGAUUCAGCAUGUGUUCUGUCCUAUUCACAGUCUCAGGCUGCGUUCAAUGUCCAGCCUCAGAAGCAACUCAGGCAAGGCCGCACAUGGAGCACACAAGACAGGUGCAGAGGUCCCAGUUUGGCUGAGGAAAGGACCGACAGUGAAGAUGACGGAGCGCUCGCUCAACACGAGCACCGGUCCCGGCCCAGAGGCGUCACAGGCAGCAGGAACGGAUCCAUUCCCAAGGAGUCGGGUCAACGCGGCCAACGGGACGCGCUCCCUCUGUCGGCUCAUCAGACAGCAGACCGACAGUCAGGGUGUCCCUUGAACCACAGUCACAAGAUUUCAGAAGAGAUCAACUUGUCCUUCAAAAACAACUGUUCGAUACUGGCUUCUUGUAAUGAGUCUGAGAGUGAGGGGUCAGUGCCUGAGCUGGAGGAGGCCGAGCCGCUGAGACCGUCCGAGCCUCAGUCUAUCUCCUCUGUGGAUGACGGGAUGAACAGGCCCAAACAAAGCCGCAGUGAAAAGAAGGCCCGCAAGGCCAUGUCUAAACUGGGCCUGAAGCCAGUUCAUGGUGUGACCAGAAUCACCAUCAGGAAGUCCAAGAGCAUUCUGUUUGUCAUCAGUCGCCCGGACGUUUUCAAAAGCCCGGCAUCGGACAUUUACAUCGUAUUUGGAGAAGCAAAAAUCGAGGACCUGUCUCAACAGGCUCACAAAGCAGCUGCAGAGAAGUUCAAGGUGCCUGUGACCUCCUCGCCCUUGGCUCCACCUGUGCCACCCAGCCUAACCAUCAAAGACGAGAGCGAGGAGGAGGAGGAGGAGGUGGACGAGGGAGGUCUCGAGCAGAGAGACAUCGAGUUGGUGAUGGCUCAGGCCAACGUGUCGCGAGCCAAAGCCGUCCGGGCGCUCAAACACAACAAGAAUGACAUUGUGAAUGCUAUCAUGGAGCUGACCAUGUGAGUGGAGGACGGUUUGAAUCCCGACCCCCUCCUCGGAGCCUCCACAGCCUAGAUGAGCUGACUCUUCUGUGCCGCUGCUGCUGUAUGUUCCAUCCUCAUUACCUGCUAAAUAAAACAUGGGCUUUGACUGCA